AUGUCGCAAGCUCAGCAAGAAACCAUCCCACUCGGAGCGUACAUCUGUGCUCGUCUGCGCCAGCUUGAAAUUGGCUCCGUUUUUGGCGUCCCAGGCGACUACAAUCUUCGGAUCUUGGACUAUAUCGAGCCGGCUGGCUUGCGUUGGAUUGGAAAUUGCAAUGAACUGAACGCCGCAUACGCCGCUGAUGGCUAUGCAAGGAUUCAUGGCGUCAGUGUCGUGAUGACAACCUUUGGCGUAGGUGAACUCUCUGCCAUCAACGGAAUCGCAGGCGCCUAUGCGGAAAGAGCACCUGUUAUUCAAAUUGUGGGCGCGCCAUCGCGUGAGAUUCAGAGGUCGCGAACCUUGGUCCAUCAUACCUUUAUUGACGGGGAGUUUGGCCGAUUCGCGCGGAUGCAUGUGCAUGUCACGGUAGCUCAGACAAGUAUCACGCAUGUCCGGACGGCUGCUGAUCAAGUAGACUGGAUCAUUGAGCAGGCUAUUCUGCACCAGAGACCUGUUUACCUCCAAAUUCCCGAGGACAUGCCCGACGUACCAGUUUCCGCCUCGAACCUCCGCCGAAAGCCAACAGUCAGUCCAUCGAUUCACUCUGUGGAGCCAGACGCCAACCACGUUCUCCAAAUCCUCAACCGAAUGUACUCAGCAAAAAAGCCUCUCAUACUGGUGGAUGGUGAAAGCAAGAAUAUGGGCGCUCUGGAAGAGAUAGAACAGUUGGUGAAAGUCACAAAUUGGCCAACCUGGAGCACGCCUUUUGGGAAAGGGCUCGUGAACGAGGAGCUGCCCAACGUGCGCGGAACUUAUCUUGCCAACUAUGGGGUGAAGGCAUCCGCAGAAUACUUCAUGACGUCGGAUUUGGUGCUGUUUCUCGGGCCGCAUUUGAGUAAUAUCAACACGCACAUCUUCACCGCGAUCCCUGACGAAAAUGUGACAAUUUCGUUCUCGCCAAAUCAGGUGAAGAUUGACGGCCAGAUAAUUCGCGAUAUCUCACCCUGUCGUAUGCUGCAAAGCCUCCUUCAAUGCCUUGACAGCUCUCGCCUUGUCAAGAUCAGUGGUCCAAACAGUCCCACGCCUCCCAUCCAUAAGCCGGCACCCUCCGAUUCUCUUUCUCAAGAAAUCUUCUACCCUUUUGUCAAUCCAAUGUUUCGUCGCGGCGAUACGAUUCUCACCGAAACGGGCACCGCAGCGGAAGGUGGCCAGGUUUUCAAGCUUCCAAGCCACACCCGAUUUUUCACUGCGGUGACAUGGUUGUCGAUUGGCUAUAUGCUCCCGGCUACCCUUGGGGCAGCAUUGGCGCAACGGGACUCGGCGAUAGCCACCCAUUGUGCUGAGCAUAAGCCGAAACGAACAAUCCUCUUUAUCGGCGAUGGGAGCUUCCAAAUGACGGCCCAAGAACUCAGCACGAUCAUAAAGCAAGUUCUCAACGUUGUCAUUAUCAUCAUAAACAACAAUGGCUACACCAUUGAGCGAGUUAUUCACGGUCGAGAGGCUUCCUAUAAUGAUAUCUCACAGUGGAAUUAUAGCCAUGCUCUAAGACUGUUUGGCUUAGAUGAGGAGGAAUCCUCGCGGCGGUAUUUUAGUGCGAGAACUUGGGGUGAGCUUCAAACGGCCCUUGAUUCGGAGGAGUUGCACCGAGAUGAUGGCGUCAAAGUUAUCGAGGUAUUCAUGGACCAAGAGGACUGCACUGGGGAGUUGAGAGACUUGUUGAAGGAGCAGCUAGCUAGGGAGAAAUUAUAA